UCGAUGAAACCCAAUUGUCAACCACCAAGAUGGCCGUGGACUUUGUAGCUACAUAUAAAAUUUUAGUUUUGGGAGAUAGUAAUGUUGGAAAAACUUGUAUAGUACACAGAUUCUGUGAUGAAACUUACUACGAUACCUACAUCUCUACCAUUGGUAUCGAUUUUAAACAGAAAAUAGUUAAUCUGGAUGGUAUGCCCAUUAAACUUCAAAUAUGGGAUACGGCAGGACAAGAGAGGUUUCGCACUUUAACGACAGCAUACUACAGAGGAGCCAUGGGCAUUCUUGUGAUGUACGAUGUAACCAACAUGGAUUCCUUUAAUCAUCUUUCAUACUGGUUCAGAAAUGUAGAAGAGAAUGCCUCACCGGAUGUUGUGAAAGUUUUAGUAGGAAAUAAAUGCGAUAGUUCUAAUUUACGAGUAGUUGACACGGACCAAGGCAGGAAGAUUGCAGAAAGCUGUGAUGUUCCUUUUUUUGAGUGCAGCUGUAAAGAAGAUGUCAAUAUAGAUGAAAUUUUUAUGACUGUAGCGCGCAUGAUCAGGGAACAAAGAGAAAGACGGGCGAGCAAAUUUGACGAGAUCGAGCGACUUCAAUGGGACAAAGCGCACUUGACCCAACAAAAGCAACAAGAAGUCUACAAAUGCAAUUGCUGAUUACUCUGCCUUACUUCGAAGUUCUUCAUACUCUACAAUAGGCUACGAGCUUUUACAUUUAUUUAAGUCGAUAUCCAUAGCAGAACGCCGACUCUGGAGAUAAAGUACAGCAGUAUUAAGCGAGCGAAGGAACAGAAGGCCAGACAUUCAUCGGAUUCAGAAAGUUUUUCACUUUUUUCUGCAUCAAAGUUUAGCACAUUCAUAAUCUAGACGGGAUAAAUUCUAAAUGUUAUAUUUUCACUAAAAUGUUUAUUUAAAAUUAGUAACGAUAAAAUGAUCCUAAACAUCAGAUAUUUCUUAUGACUAAGUAAGACUUUUGUAUAUUCAUCACACCAUUCUUCCUGAAACAGAUGAUAAAAUAUGCCAUGUGUAAAUGAUUUUUAGAGUGCAUUCUACAACUUACAUGUAAACCGCGCAGAGAUUCAUUGUUUUUAAUGUAAAAAAUCAUUUUUUUCUUUUACCUAUGUCUAUAACAUAUAAUAUAUUAUUGAAUAAGAAAUAUAUCAGCAAAUGGAAUACGAUUGUAGGAGAGUCAGCAUUAUAGAAUUCAUUAUUAAUUAGGUUAAAAUAGAUUAAAAAUCAGGUUUAUUUAUACUUAUAGCUAAAAACAGAGGGUAAAAAUAUACACCGUGUCCCGUUUCGUUAGAAUUGAAAGGUAUGAACAAUAAACCAUGUACUUUCUGUUAUCGUUAAGUAAUUUAGCUAAAAUAUUCAUUACAGUUUCAUGGAAAGUUUAAUUUAUUCUCUGUUCAUUUUAAUCUUCGCUUGCAUUCGAUGUAAUCUAAUAUGUCAAAUGAAGAAGUUAGAGCUCAUUUGCGUUUUAGGUAUAGUAAUAAUCCAAACGAUUCACCGCAUUAAGAUAUAAAGUGACACAGAAUAAUAAAAUCUAAAUUAAGAUGCAAUAGAUUAAUCAAUUAAAUGCCACCUAUAAACAAGCAACCAUUCUUACGUAAUUCAAGUUCCAGACUCAAAACAAAUUCUUACGUAUAAUCACAGCGCCCUCUACAGGAAUAAAAAUUGAACUUAAACAAUUUUCGAGCAGCCAAAGAGUAUAAGUACAAAAGGAUUGAAUUCAAUUGAAUGUGCAUAGUAUUCAGUGUUAAGUUAUCACUAAUUACAUCCAUCACCGUUAUAUUUCUGAGAAAAACUAGACGUAAUUUAUACUUUUUGUUAAAGCAUUCUUUGAUAUACUUUCUUCCCCUUUAGACCUCCGUAGCAGUGGAUGAAAACGAACCUUCAGGCAAUGAAUAAUUUCAAGAAUGAAAAUUAAUUGUUUAAUGUGAUAAAAUGUUUAUGUUUUUAAUUAAUUUCUCUGUGAAUUCAAAUACAACGUUGAACAUACAUUUUUGGAUUUCAAACAUAAUACUAGGCAAUGUGAUUCUAGAAAUUUUUUAUCUAAUUAAAAUCUACUACAUUUAAAUUAUAGCUUAAAUUCUUAUAUUUAUAACACAGUAGUAAUUAUAGGAUUAGGAGGUAAAAUAUAUGUCUUGUUCAAGGUUUGUUCUAAGCGAAGCACAUUCAGGGUUCUCUUUGAUGAAAUUUAUGUGUAAUACUAAAUAAGAACACAAGAUAUAAAAAUUAAUAACCACAUCUGUCAAAUAUCUGUUUAAAUAAGUCACUAAUUAAUCAAAUCAAUUUUAUUUUGAAAAUCUCGGAGAUAGCUUUCACUCAAUUAGUUUUUUUGUGAGUCACAAACAUUCUUCAUCAUUGCAACAUCAGCAUUGCAAUGGAUUUGCCACUUACAUAGAAAAUGAAGCGACAGAUAUAAAUCCUUAUUUACUAAAAAUAUUAUAUACCAAAUUUUUCCACAGCAAAAAUGUUAACCAAGAUGAAAAAUUCUUUAUUAAAUACUUCCUAUGCAUUAUUUUGUGAGCUAAGCUAGUUUUAUCAUCAACGAAUAAAUUGUAAUCAUUUUUAUUGGUCAGAAUUUGGUAAUAUUGAGACUUCAAAUGGAAUUACCCCUAACAACCCCUUUUGUAAGCAAACUGCCUUGCGCAGCUGCUUUAGGUUCUGGAUGCAACGUUGAGUGCACAUCAAAUUUGAAGGUUAUUCAGAAGCAAUACUUUAUGGCGGGAUACAAAAUCCAAACGUAAAAAAAAAAAAAAAAAAGUCUAAUUUCCAUAUCCAGUAUCAGAGAAUUUUUUUGAAUAACACCGCAUUUGAUAAGGACGUAGGAUUCCUAAAAUUCCAGGAAUGUUAUUUAUUCCAUUUUUCUAGCUCAUCAAAGUGUGGAAAUUUUGAAUAAUUCACGGUCUUCUUUAUUCUUGCAAAAUAACUUCAGCGCACUUAAUUAUAAAAGGCAUCAAAUUUUACUAAGUAUAUUCAAGAAAAAAUUAGUGUUGCAGAUAUCAAUGAAUAAAUAAAAUUGUUCUGUUAGUAUUUGUUUUAUAUUUAAAUUAAGUUAAGUUGCCUUAAAAAUGAAUAUUAUUUCCACGAUAAUUUAUAUCAAAAUUAUCAAAAAUGCUUAAAUUUAUUUUACAACGGGGAAAAGUGUCUGUGAAUUCGAUGAAUGUCUGAAAGUAGCGCUACUAUGGCUGAGCACAUAUUUGCAGAGCAACAUAAAAAAUUAAGCAAAAAAAAAAAGAAAAAAAAAAAAGGCGUAGAUUUAGAAAACCGGCGUUCGACUUCAACAGAACUGCGACUGCACGAACUGAAUUCUUCUUUAGCUAUGGUAUUUUAUAUUUAUGUAUAAAUGAAUGUACUUCUCCAAAUGAUGCGGAGUCAUUUUGUCUGUUGCGUUUUCUUCCGGUGUCUUUGUUAAGCUAUUGAAGUUCUUAUUAUGUGAAAAGAAAUCGAAAGAUUAAAUUUUUGUUGAAUAAGGUA